GUGCCCGACGCCCUGCUCCCCGACGAGGUGGUGGAGGCGCUGGUGGCGGAGCGGCGGCCGCGCUUUGUGCCGCUGGACGGUGGUGCCAGCACCAGCGCCGGUGGCGGAGCCGGUGCCGCGCCGGGGCACGGCGGCGUGGUGCAGCUGCGCCUGUCCAACGGCAUACGCGUCAACUACCGCCGCACCGACAACGAGCCGCGCGGCGCGAUGCUGCGCCUGGUGGCGGCGGGCGGGCGGGCCACGGAGGGGCAGGGCGCGGGGCCGCUGGGCACGGGGGUCAUGGCGCUCGGCACGCGCACGCUGUCGGAGGCGGGCACGGUGGGCGGGUGGAACCGGGAGCAGGUGGAGCUCUUCUGCAUCUCCAAGCUCAUCAACUGCGUGCUGGAGACUGACGAGGAGUUUGUGUGCAUGGACUUCCACUUUGCGGUCAGCGAUGGCGGCGUGGCCAGCGUGCUGCAGCUGCUGCACCUGUUCCUGGAGCAGCCGCGGUGGGAGGCGGCGGCCAUGGAGCGCAGCAAGCAGCAGUACCUCUCCCACUACCGCUCCCUGUCCAAGUCGCUGGAGCGAGCCACGGCAGACCGCAUCCUGCAGGCGCGCCGGCGGCGGCGGCAGCAGCUGAAUGCGUACCAUUUUUUUCGCUGUUUUUGUGGGCACCUGGCGGGCGGGGCUGCUGCGGGGGGCAGGCCGCCGCUGGCGCCGGCGCGGGGCCUGGGAUGGCGCGCGCGCUGUGCCCGUCUGCCCUUGCACUUGUCUGACAUCCCUGCCUUGCUUCCGGCGUGCUGCCCCCCCACCCCUUGCCGUGGCGAGCAGGCGAUGCUGGGCCCCGACCGCCGCUUCCGCGACCCCAACCCCGAGGAGAUUGCGGCGCUGGACCUGGAGAGCAUGCGGCUGGCGGUGAUGCGGCAGAUCCACGCGGGCAAUGUGGAG